UCCCAGCUCUACCCGUAGGUCGCAAAAGCUUGAUCAUGUGUCGGUAUGACGCAGCAGGGCAUUGUAAAAAUGGAUCGUCGUGCCACUAUAGACAUCGCGGCGAUGCUUAUGAAGGCGUAUCGGUGGACGGAGUGCUCAUUGCUGAUCCCGAACCAAGGCCUGAGUGGCAAUCAAUUGGGUCCCCCACGGACAAUGCUUAUGCUGAAACGUCGCCUUUCGGUUACGCGUCCUAUAACGACCCAUGGGGAUCGUCCAGUGUUAUCAAUAUUCCCGUAUUUCCCUCAAACUCUACACUCCACAAUGCAAUCGAUUUGUCACCCCUUCAUUCACGCAAUUCAAUAUGCACCACGACGUCGAUGUCCAGCACUGAUUCCGAUGAUGUUGUGGUCAUCACAGAAGCCCCUUCUUUUACCGAACACUCGCACUUAUACCAAUCUCAGGUCCGAGUGGUGGAAGCACCUUCUCCUACUCACAUACCUCCACUUUAUCCAACUCUCAAUAACUCCUUGGGAAUUCAUACGCCUACUUGGGUCGACCCAAGACCACAAGUUAAUGUUACCCCUCGAGUGAGUUCAAGAUCUUCUGUGCGGCCGAAACCCCUGAAGUACAAGACAAAGCCUUGCAAAUUUUACAACAGGGAGACGGGAUGUCCUUCUGGCGAAGAAUGUACCUUUCGCCACAAUGAACUGGUACACCCAAAUACCUCUAAAAACUAUUUCCCCAUUUCCUGGCGUGUCAUUGGAGGCGGCGUGCUGAUUGGGAGCAAGAAGACUGACUGUGAUCCGGAGGAAGGUUCUGUUUCCUCCUCGGAGUCUCUGGGUUCUCUUGAGCCCUCUGCACCCAAGCCGACCAGCUUACCCCUACCCAAAACAUUUUCUCGACCACGGUCAAACUCCAUCCCUCCGACCCCCACCACAAACCAAGUCAAGGUUGGAUCUGUGUUCUCUGAUGAACUCUCCAUUCAAGAUAACUUGGUCUCCGAUGAACUUUCCUGUCCCUUUUGCUCAAAACGACUACCUUUCGCAUUAUGGAUUCUUACCUAA